AUGGCGAGGCAUAACACAACUGCCCUACCGUUAGUUUCUGAUGUUUUCGACAGCAGUAAUUCGACAGUGUUGUAUAACAGCACCACCACUCUACCUUUACUUGCUGAUCCAUUCAACAUCACUAACUGGCAGGAUUCUAAUAGCACAUCGCAAUACACAUACGGUGGCCGAGUCUUUGUUUCCAUUAGUGUGUUGAUCAUCUCCCUGAUUGGCAUUACAGGGAAUGUCAUCGUCCUAAUGGCAGUUGCCUUGUCAUGCAGGCUGCAGACCAUAACCAAUGUAUUUGUGGCCAAUCUCAGCGUAGCUGACCUCCUGAUGUGUCUGUGCGCUCUGCCGAAUGCAGUGAUAGUGUUGAUACGCAGUAGUCUCCCGCCCUCGCUGGAGAAUCUAUGCCUGACCGUGGCCUUCCUGUCGCCCAUCGCAUCGGGGGUGAUAAUGUUCAGCAUCGCAGCCAUUGCUGUCAAUCGCAUGCUGCUGAUUACCAAGCACGCCACCGCAUACAAGAAGAUAUAUACGGCUUGCACACUUUUCCCAAUGGUUGUCAUCAUCUGGCUGGUUCCCAUUAUGCUUACCACCAUUCUGCUGGCUACUGGCGUGGGUCGUCUCAGCUACAACAUCAACUUCCACAUUUGUUUGGAUGACAACGAAAACCCAACAUCAGGUCUGUACAAGUUUCUGCUUGCUGGAAUCCUCUACCCCGGCCCGCUUGCCAUCACCCUCAUCUGUUACAGCAUCAUCUAUGUCUUCAUCCGGCGGCACUUCAAGAAGGAACGACUAGCCUGCCCUAGCGUUCGCAUCUUAACCACCACCAGCUCCCCGGAACCCAACAAAGCACAGCCCGUGGUCAGCAUCGCCACAUACAAAUUGCGCAAUGAGCGAAUCCACAAGCAUCAGAUUCAGAUCACCAAGAACCUAUUCAUUGUGUCCUGCGUCUGUUUCCUUCUCCCGUUACCAAACAGCGUCUUUCUCAUGCUAGGGUUGGACGAUCUCUUCCUGUACGGUGUCAUCUUUUUGUUUGCCAACAGCGCUGUCAACCCGUUGCUGUAUGGAGCCAGGCAUCCCAUGUUCAAGGAGAUCAUGCUAUGCAUCUUGCGUCAUCGAUGGGCUGAUAUCCCUGAACCAUCUCGGUUGCUUAAGGUUUUGCUCUCCAGAGGCAAGUAA